GAUGGUCACAAUUGGCGAAUGGGUUAGGUUGGGUGUGCAAGUACAUUUACAGCCAAUUUCAGUAUGAGUUCUUAUACAUGUAGAGAUAGUUUGUAAUAUGAUUUUUGUAACCAUUGCCUUUAAAAAAAUUGUCUAUUGCAAUAACAAAGUUAUUGGUUGUGACAUGUAUUAUGCUAAUCUGUAUAUUCCUUAUUUUAGUGUAGAAUAGUUUUUAAGUGUUAGUUGAUUAUAAAACGAUCUUUCGGUAGGUCUAGUGUGCAUGCGCUAGGUGUACUCGAUCGAGAAAGUGGUGUUAUUUUACCUGAGGCAUAUGACGGACGUUAGUAAUUUCUUUUUUAAUUCAAGUACUAAUUCGCAACAAGAAUUAGUCAGAUGAAGGUAAUUUAUGCAGUAAGAUAAUGUCAGACGAUGAUGCUGCAUUGGAUUCAAUGGAUACAGAAGAAGAUAUUUUUACUCCAAGGAUUCGCAGCCUUGGCUCCAAUGUUAGAAGAGUUAAAAAUUUACGUACUUUACGAUCAAAUUCUACUUCUCAUAUAUCUGUGAAUAAUUUAAGUGUACGUCGUAGUACACGUAAUAGAAUGCAAACGUAUGAUAAUCUUAAUACUAGCUGGAUUUUAGGAACACAAACUCUGAAAGGUUAUCCUAUGUUUCAACAACAUGGUUCUUCAUCUGAUAAAGAGAUGGUGGAUGAAGUACCUGAAAGAAAACGUGAUCUUCGAGACCGUAUGCCCCUUAGAUCACGUGAAAAUCAUCCUCCUAAUAAAAAUUCAACAAGACAUAUUAGGGAAAGGACUGAACAUGAUCGACAAAGUAAUAGAGAACUUAGAGGUAGAGGUGAUCGAGAUAUUAGAGAAAAAACAGAACAAGAAAAAGAUAUUAGACAUCUUAAAGACAGACAAGAUAGAGAAAGGGACAGAACAGAAACAGAACAUAAAGAUAAAAUAGAAACCAGAAGUAAAUCAAAUGAAGAGAAAGAUAUAAGAGCACGGAAAUCUGAUAGUCCAAGUAGACUUAAGGACGGCCCUGUUACAAGACUUGGUGGCAGUUUAAGUGAAAAAGAUAUGAAACCUAAAGUAGAACAAGAUGAAGCAGAUGAAGAUAGCUUACCAGAAAGUGAAAAAGCAGAAAAUAACGAUAAUUAUGAAAAUGAAGAUGGUUAUGAGGAUAUGUAUACACGUAUUAAACGAACUAGAAGGAAAGCACAGCGCCAAUUACCAAGGGGUAAGAAACUUGCAGUGGUAGAUAGUGAUUUAAGUGAAUCUUCUGAUUCUCCUGGUCCUAGAAAAUACAGUUUACGUCAAAAAAAACCUACUGUAGAUAGAUUUCAAGCUAACGUAGAACCAGUUAGACGAUCUAUAAAAGCACUUAGAAGUGUUCUUAGUAAUUCAAUGAGAAGACGUAAACAUAGAAGUAAAAGUACAAGCUCUAGUGAUUCCAGUGAUUCGGAACCUCAGCGUUAUGAUAAGAAGAAAAGCAAAAAAGCGAGGCAAUCAGCAAUACCUCAGGGUGGACCGCCUGAUCGUAAAGCAGAUAUAAAUCCAAUUACUUUAGAUACUAAUAUUAGAUUCAAUGAUGUCGGAGGCUUAGAAUCACAUAUUCACUGCCUUAAAGAAAUGGUUGUUUUUCCUAUGAUGUAUCCAGAUGUAUUUGAACGUUUUCAUAUUACCCCACCAAAAGGCGUACUCUUUCAUGGUCCACCAGGAACUGGUAAAACGUUAAUAGCCAGAGCAUUAGCAAAUGAAUGUAGUCAGGGCAGUAGGAAAAUGUCAUUCUUUAUGAGAAAAGGCGCAGAUUGUCUAUCUAAAUGGGUCGGAGAAUCAGAGCGCCAGUUGCGAUUAUUGUUUGAGCAGGCUCAACUAAUGAAACCGUCCAUAAUAUUUUUUGAUGAAAUUGAUGGCCUUGCACCUGUUAGAAGUACGAAACAGGAUCAAAUUCAUGCUAGCAUUGUGUCUACUCUUUUAGCUCUUAUGGAUGGCCUCAGCGAUAGGGGAGAGGUUAUUGUUAUUGGAGCGACAAACAGAAUAGAUGCUAUUGAUCCAGCAUUACGCAGACCCGGUCGUUUCGAUCGAGAAUUAUUUUUUCCCUUACCUUCUAAGAAAGAAAGAUUAGAAAUAUUAAAAAUUCAUGUUAGUAAAUGGAAAAACCCCCCAUCAGAUCAAUUGUUAGAAACAUUAGCUGAGAAAGCAACCGGUUAUUGCGGUUCAGAUUUGAGAGCUUUAUGUACUGAAGCAGUUUUGCAAGGAUUGAGAAGAACGUAUCCCCAAAUAUACAUGACUAGCAAUAGGUUACUUUUAGAUCCUGAACGAGUUGAAGUUAAAAAGCGAGAUUUUUUACAAGCCAGUUCUAUUCUUGUACCAUCUUCACAAAGAGUCUCACCUUGUGCUCGAAGAAAAUUACAACCUUUUAUAGAGCCUUUAUUAGGGCCUCUGCUAGAAGAAUUACUUUGUUCUAUAAAAGGAAUAUUUCCUCAAGGAGUUAAUCCUGCUAUGGCAAAAGUGAAAGCUACUAAAGGAAUUCAUCGCCCAAGGCUAUUAAUUUCUGGCGGAAAUUUGUCGGAAGGUCAAGGGCCACAUUUAGCACAAGCAUUAUUAUACCACAUGGAACACUUACCAGUUCAAACAUUAGACGUUAGCAUUCUUUUUGCAGAAAGUGGACGAUCUCCAGAAGAAACCUGUGUGCAGGUAUUUAAUGAAGCUGCCAGAAAUGUACCGUCCAUAAUUUAUAUUCGAUCGAUCGAUCAGUGGUGGCCACUUGUACCUGAAACUGUAAAAGCAGUUUUCUUGUGUCGUAUCGCAGCGCUUGAUCCUUCAUUACCCAUCUUAAUUUUAGCCACAAGUGAUAGAACAUAUCAAGAUCUUCCGAUUCAGUUACGAGGCCUCUUCAGUGAAUUACGCGGAGAAGUUUAUUCUAUGAAAACACCAACAGCAGAACAAAGAUCGAAAUUCUUCCGACCUAUUUUUAUGAUUCAGAGUUUGAAGCCACCGAAGGUAAAAGACGACAAGAUAGAAGUUUUGGAAGAACUUCCUCUAGCACCAGAUCCUUUACCAAAGAAAUUAACAGAAGAGGAAAAGAAAGUGAUAUACGAAAAAGAGGAAGUGUCGCUAAGAGAAUUAAGAAUUUUCUUGAGAGAAAUUUGUGCAAAACUUGCAAGAAAUAGACAAUUUUUUAUGUUUACAAAGCCUGUAGACACGGAAGAAGUACCCGAUUAUAAUAUGAUAAUAAAACAACCAAUGGAUUUAGAAACAAUGAUGACGAAGAUUGAUAUGCAUUGUUAUCUCUGUGCUCGAGAUUUUCUUGAUGAUAUCGACCUAAUAUGUAAAAAUGCUUUGGAAUACAAUCCAGAUAGCUUACGUGAUAGGCCCUCCCUUGGAAUAUUAAAGAGGGACCCGGCAGACAAAUUAAUAAGGCAUCGUGCAUGUUCCCUUCGUGAUAAUGCGUAUGCGUUAAUAAAAGCAGAAUUAGAUUCCGAUUUUGAAGAUAAGUGUCGUGAAAUUUCGAAAAAUCGUAGGGUUAUUGAAAGUUCUGUUAACAAUGACACGGAAAACAAAAGUCGACCAAAAGCGGAACUUGUAUCUGCAUCUGAAAGAAUAGAGAAAAAGGAUAUUGCGAGUUCUAGUCAUCCUCUUGUUGUAAAUGGAAAGAGGUAUUCCAAUCCUAGGAAACGUAGAAUACCAGCUUGGGCAAGGGGCUACGUUAAAAAAGUACAUAAAAAGAAAAAGAUCGCAUUCGAUGAAAAUGCAAGUACGAUCACUAGCAAGGUCUGCUUAACCAAUGAAACUACUAGCAUCGAUUUAGAGAAAUUCCAAGAAUUCGAAACCGAAGCAAAUAGUGUUUUAAAUGGUCAUAUACGUCUGUUUGAUAAUUCAGAUUCUGAUAAUGAUUCACAAACUGAGCAUUCGAAGUAUGCACAAGCAACUCCAAACAAUAAUGUUUCCGAUCAACGCAUUGAUGAAAUUGAAAAUGUGGAGAUAUGUUUUAUGGAUGAAGAUAAGACCAUAGAAAAUAGCGGAUCUAAUUCUUCAUCCAGACGAGAAAGUAUGGAUGAAUUGUCGUUUGCUAUCGAAAGCGAUUCUUGUCCUACCAGAUUCGACGAAGAUGACAAACUUCUGGUGGACAAAAAUGAAAUGGAAAGCGCAUGGCAAUAUACUGUUGACAGUACACAAGAUUAUCCAGUCGAAGUAUUAUGUGACAUUUAUGUGCAACUGAGUCGGUGUGUAGGGAAAUAUGCUCAGAGUUAUGAUAGAAAAUCACUGCCAAAGGAUUUGCUCAAGGAGGUGAAAAGGUUUGAGGAAUACAAGACAACGUACGACAAAGUUCAUGAUGUUGCGAAUCAAACUGAUAUAGUAUAACUCAUCUGCAAUGUUUAAUGAAUUAUAACAAAGUCCUUUUGUACACGUACAUUGAACGAAGAUGAUGAAUUCAUGUUAAGUCACACAAUAAUUUAAAUUAUUUCUUAUUCUUUUCAAUUCUUACAGCUGCUCAUGGUUAAUGAUAAAACGGUGAUUCUUAUUAUCGUGCACAUAUUUAUGGCAAAACCGAAAUAAUGAUAUACUAAAAUUUCGAUUUUCAAAGAAAUGGUGAAGUAUAACUGUGUGUUCUUAUUACAAAGAAACAAAAGUAUUAUACAUGAAACUAAAAAAAAUACAAAAAAAUUUCAACUAUUUAUCUUAGCAUUCAAGUAUGAAAUUAUAAAUUAUCAUAACAUAUUGGCUUACAUUAUCUAAAAUAAUAAUUAGUGGCUGAUAUUAUACCUCUCUCAGUAAAAAAGUUGGAUAUCAAAUUUAAAUAUUUUAUUCAAUAACUAUAUAUUCUGUACUUAUUCAAUAA